GACGUCGGGGCCGCUCGCAUUUAUCUAUGCACACUCUGUUAUUAUCAUUCUCUAUGUUCGAUAGCUUACGUCAAAUGGCGUAGGUCAUCAAAAGCUAGGGUUUUGGGUUUUAGUACAAAGUUGAUACCUUUCACUCCAAACCAGGUACUUUUCGAUAAUCUUGAGAGCAUGGCAAGUAAUGCCAUUUCUGCGCACAGAAACCUCGCCUCCGGACUUCAAUCUCCUCAACUUACGCAAGUAGAGAAGCAUAAGCAGAGGCAGCUCGUGAGAAUAAAAUUGAAUGGAGGAAGAAAAUGGACAGCAGUGACGUUAAAUGCGAGCGCGAGAGCUGAGAUAAAGGAAAUUGCAUUUGAUGAGAAAUCUAGAAGCGCUUUGCAGGCGGGCAUUAACAAAUUGGUGGAUACUGUUGGGGUCACUUUGGGACCUAGAGGACGCAAUGUUGUCUUAGACAAUUCUGGAACUCCAAAGGUGAUUAAUGAUGGAGUCACUAUUGCUCGUGCAGUUGAUCUUCCUGAUGCAAUGGAAAAUGCAGGAGUAGCAUUGAUCCGGGAGGUUGCUAGCAAGACCAAUGAUUCAGCUGGUGAUGGAACAACUACAGCAUCUGUUCUGGCAAGAGAGAUUGUCAACCUUGGGCUUCUUUAUGUCAGCUCAGGAUCUAAUCCAGUUUCUCUGAAAAAGGGAAUAGAUAAAACAGUGCGAGGGCUUCUUGAAGAGCUGAGGAGAAAGUCCAAACCUGUAAAAGGACGAAAGGAUAUUAAAGCUGUUGCUUCAAUAUCAUCAGGAAAUGAUGAUUUUGUUGGAACAAUGAUUGCUGAUGCAAUUGAUAAAGUUGGGCCUGAUGGAGUGCUGUACAUGGACUCUUCAUCAUCUUUUGAAACCACUGUUACUGUUGAGGAGGGAAUGAAGAUUGAUAAGGGUUAUAUCUCAUCUCGGUUUGUCACUAACCAAGGAAAGUUGACUGUGGAGUUUGAGAAUGCCAGAGUUUUGGUCACAGACCAGGAAAUUGAAAGAGAAAAAGAUAUAAUUGGUGUGCUGGAAAAGAUCAGACAGUUGGGUGUUCCAUUGCUCCUGAUUGCAGAAGAAAUUUCGGGGAAGGCUUUUUCUACAUUGGUUAUAAAUAAAAUGCGUGGGCUAAUCAAAGUUGCAGCCAUCAAAGCUCCAGGAUAUGGUGAUAGAAAGAAGUCUUUACUCCAGGAUAUUGCUAUAAUGACAGGAGCGGAUUUUCUGGCUGGUGAACUGGGUUAUAAUGUGGAGAAUGCCUCUAUUGAGCAGCUAGGUAUUGCAAGGAGAAUUACAGUAACCGAAAAUUCAACCACCAUUAUUGCUGAUGCAGCCACCAAAGAUGAAGUUCAGGCAAGGAUUGAUCAAAUCAAGAUUGAACUAGCAAAGACUGAUUCUUCCUAUCUUAAAGAGAAACUAUCGGAGAGAAUUGCAAAGCUCUCAGGAGGAGUAGCUGUCAUCAAGGUUGGAGCUUCCACUGAAGCUGAACUCGAGGAUAGAAAACUUAAAAUUGAGGAUGCAAAGAAUGCAACCUUUGCAGCUAUUGAGGAAGGUAUUGUGCCAGGUGGUGGGGCUGCUUAUGUGCAUCUCUCCUCUUAUGUGCCAUUUAUAAAAGAAUCUAUUGAUAGCCCUGAAGAGCGUCUUGGUGCUGACAUUGUACAGAAGGCACUAUUGGCUCCUGCAAAAUUGAUUGCAAAUAAUGCUGGUGUUGAGGGUGAAAUUGUAGUGGAGAAGAUUUUAUCUUCCAGCUGGGAGAUGGGAUAUAAUUCAAUGACAAAUGUAUAUGAAAAUCUUGUUGGUACUGGAGUCGUUGACCCUACCAAGGUUGUUAGAUGUGCUCUAGAGAAUGCAGCUUCAGUUGCGGGCAUGGUCCUUACAACUCAGGCGAUUGUAGUUGACAAAAUCAGGAAACCAGAACCUAAAGUUCCCCAUGUUCCUGGGAUCACUGAUGUAAUUUGAUUGUCACCGGCCUAUAGGUGCAAGUGAACGACACUUUUAAAAGACAAAAUCAUCAUCAGAUGACAUAUAUAAGCUGUAUGAUAUUUUUUAUACAUCUUGAUUGUCACCGGCCUAUAGGUGCAAGUGAACGACACUUUUAAAAGACAAAAUCAUCAUCAGAUGACAUAUAUAAGCUGUAUGAUAUUUUUUAUGCAUCAUGAUGUAUGUGCCUGAUAAAAUUCUGAUGGAA